AUGGCGCGUUCCUUACCUCCGUAUUCAUCCCUCUCUGCCAACACCAUAUUUUUUCUCAACUCCAAACUCAGCUCCGAACAAGACUUAGAUGUAGCCCCGACUCUACUCUCGGAGCUACGGACCGAGUGCGAUGAUCUCGACCAAUCCCUCUCCGAUCUCAACGCCCAGAUCCAAUCACACCUGACCCGACACACCUCCCAAUCGGGUCGGGUGGGAUCCCUUUUCUCCAAUAUCCAUGCCCAGUUGCAUGGCCUCCUGCAGUCUACCUCUCACUCUCCAUCUGAUGGGGUGUCGAGGAGGGGAAUGGGGGACGAAUUACAGGCUUUGGCGAAAGAGGUGGCGAGGGUGGAAACUGUGCGAAAAUAUGCUGAGACGGCAUUAAAGCUUGACACUUUAGUUGGUGACAUUGAGGAUGCUGUAUCUUCCACCCUGAGGAGGCAUGCAUUGAAAAAUAAUUCAGAAGAUACACGGGAAAAGGCUAUAAGAACUCUUAAAUUGACAGAAGAUGUUCUUAUUUCAGUAACAAAGACGCAUCCUCAGUGGGAACGACUUGUUUCAGCUGUUGAUCACCGAGUCGAUAGAGCUUUAGCCAUUUUAAGACCUCAAGCUAUUGCAGAUCAUCGGGCCCUUCUUGCUUCUCUUGGAUGGCCACCGCUUUUAUCGACUUUGAGUUCAUCAAAUCAAGAUGAAAAGCGAUCAAAUGAUGUCCAAAAUCCUCUUUUCACUAUGCAAGGAGACCUCAAGCACCAAUACUGUGAAAGUUUCCUCACAUUGUGCGGUCUACAAGAAUUGCAAAGACAAAGAAAAAUUCGUCAACUUGUGGGGCGUUAUAGCGAAGUUGCUCUGCAUCAACCACUUUGGGCUAUUGAAGAGCUUGUGAAUCCUUUAUUCAUUGAAGCUCAGCGCCACUUCUCAAAGUGGAUUGAUAAGCCAGAGUUCAUAUUUGCCCUUGUAUAUAAGAUUACUCGAGAUUAUGUUGACUCUAUGGAUGAGUUAUUGCAGCCACUUCUUGACAAAGCAAUGCUAUCUGGCUACAGUUGCAGAGAAGAAUGGAUCUCAGCAAUUGUAUCUUCCCUAUCAACUUAUCUUGCAAAAGAGAUAUUCCCCACACAUGUGAGUCAGCUUAAUGACGAGAGCGUUACUGGGACUGAAUCACAGGCUAGAUUAGCUUGGCUACAUCUCAUUGAUUUGAUGAUUGCAUUUGAUAAGCGAAUUCAAUCUCUGGUAGUAUAUUCAGGACUGUCACUUUUCCUCGAUGAAGAUGGAAAUCUAUUGAAAAUAUCUUCAUUAUCAGUAUUUUGUGAUAGACCCGACUGGCUUGAUUUAUGGGCUGAAAUAGAGCUUACUGAUGUGCUAGAUAAAUUAAAACUUGAAAUGGCAAAUGACAUUAAUUGGUCAAAUGAAGGUCAGGUAGCUUCUAUUCUAUCUGCACAGGAAGAUCAUAAAUCUCCUUUGAUUUCCGGUGCUUUCCUUCGGUAUCUAUCAUUGGUAGUUGACCGUUGUCGAUCAAUUCCCAGCAUCUCAUUGAGUUCAAGGUUUAUAAGGUUGACAGGUGCACCUAUGAUAUGGAAGUUGUUGGAUUGUUUACUGCUGAGGUGCCAAGAAGCCGAGGGACUGACAGCUCUAGCAGAUGACACUGCUCUAACUAAAGUUGCGAAGUCUGUUAAUGCUGCUCGCUUCUUUGAGUCUGUUCUUGUAGAAUGGUGUGAGGAUGUCUUCUUUCUGGAGAUGGGACUGAGCCAAGCUGAUCAAUUGGAAACACCCGAUGAAAAUAUUAGUAUAAGCAGAAGGUCUGUGGAAGCACCUGGAAACAGUAUUUUCGAUGAAGAAAUCAGAAAGCUUGAGCAAUUUAGAACAGAAUGGGUUGAGAAGUUAUCAACUGUUGUUUUGAGGGGAUUUGAUGCACGUCUCCGAGAUUACAUGAAGAACAAAAAGCAAUGGCAGGAGAAGAGGGAAGAAGGGUGGACAGUGUCCAGAUCUUUUAUUGGGGCACUAGAUUAUUUGCAGGGGAAAAUGUCAGUACUAGAAGAAGGUUUAAAUAAAAAUGAUUUUACUGGGGUCUGGAGAAGUUUGGCGACGGGGAUAGAUAGAAUGAUUUUUAAUGGUAUUUUGAUGAGCAACGCGAAGUUUUACGAUGGGGGAGUUGAGAGACUUGGGAAUGAUUUGGCAGUUCUCUUUGGGGCUUUUGGAGCUUGGUGUCUGAGACCAGAAGGUUUCUUCCCGAAAGUUAGCGAGGGAUUAAAGUUGUUGAGACUGGCGAAAACACAGCUAAAGAAUAAUUUGGUGGGAGAUGAAAGAUGGUUAAAAGAGAAUGGGAUAAGGCAUUUGAGUCCAACUCAGGUUGAACAAAUUGCGAAGAACAGAGUAUACAUCAGUUGA